AAACAAACGACUUCAUUUAUUGAACACGUUCAGUAAUAUAAUAAUUACACGUUUGCAACGUACCUUCAAUCAUUAUUUUUUUUAAACAUAUUUUAAUUAUAAUAGAGACAUUUGAAUAGGUCACUAAUCAAACAAGGGCAUUGGUAUUGAGCAAUGCCCAUAGUGUAGGGUACUCUGCAAUCUACACCGGAAGUUGUUAGCUGCACCGCUAGCUGUACCCUACACACUGGAAUGUUGACUGCUGAAUUGUGAUUAACUGGUAGAUGAGGUCUUCAGUCUGCGAUGGCGGUCGUCUCUUGGAAGGAGGUCCUCCUUCUCUCAGCGCUGGUGGUAGGAUGCUACUGGAACACUCUGUGGUGCGGCUUCGUGUUUGACGAUGUGUCUGCCAUCCUGGACAACAAGGACUUGCGGCCAGCCACCCCUCUCCGAAACCUGUUCCAGAACGACUUCUGGGGCACCCCCAUGGCCGAGGAGCGGAGCCAUAAAUCCUACCGCCCGCUGACAGUGCUCACCUUUCGGCUGAACUACCUGCUCAGCGAGCUGAGCGCUCCCUCCUACCACCUGCUCAACGUGGUGCUGCACGCUGUGGUGUGUGUGCUGUUCCUGCGCGUGUGUCGCACCUUCCUGGACAGGACGUCCAGCCUGGUAGCGGCGCUGCUGUUUGCCGUGCACCCCAUCCACACAGAAGCUGUCGCAGGUGUGGUUGGCAGGGCUGAACUGCUGUCUUCCAUCUUCCUCCUGGCUGCGUUUCUGGCGUACACCAGGUCUACUGGCAGGGACAACUCCAUAGUGUGGACCCCGAUCGGCGUGACGGUGGUUCUGGUGUCUGCGGCGACCCUGUGCAAGGAGCAGGGCAUCACCGUGGUGGGCAUCUGCUGUGUCCACGAGGUCUUCGUCGCCCAGGGGUUCACGUUGCCCAUGCUGGGGGACACCUUCCUCCAGGUGCUUCGGGAUAAAGCCUGCUUCCCCUACACUGUCCUGCAGACUCUCCUCAAGCUCAUGGUCCUCGUGAUCAGCACCCUGCUGCUGGUGAUCGUCCGCGUCCAGGUCAUCCAGUCCCAGCUCCCCGUCUUCACCAGAUUCGAUAACCCGGCGGCAGUCAGCCCGGCGCCCACCAAACAGCUGACGUUCAACUACCUCCUGCCCGUCAACGCUUGGCUCCUCCUCAACCCCUCGGAGCUCUGCUGCGACUGGACCAUGGGCACCAUCCCCCUAGUGGAGUCCUUCCUAGACGCCCGCAACCUGGCCACCCUGGCCUUCUACGGCCUGCUGGGCCUGCUGGCCUACCACAGCCUGCGCUACAGCCACAGCUCCGCCAAAACAGUCAUCAUGGCUCUCUCCCUGAUCGUGCUGCCCUUCGUGCCCGCGUCCAACCUCUUCUUCCCGGUGGGUUUCGUGGUGGCUGAGCGGGUGCUCUACGUCCCCAGCAUGGGCUUUUGUGUGCUAGUGGCGCACGGCUUCAGGGUGGUCUCGCGCAAAGGACAACUGAAGAAGAUGUCGUGGAUGGUCAUUGGGGUCCUCCUCGCCACACAUGCCGUGAAGACCUUCAACCGGAACUUGGAUUGGGAAUCUGAGUACACGCUGUUCACCUCUGCACUGAAGGUGAACAAGAACAAUGCCAAACUGUGGAACAAUGUUGGGCAUGCACUAGAAAACCAAAACAAUUACGAGAGAGCUCUCCGCUAUUUCCUCCAGGCCACCAGAGUGCAGCCAGAUGACAUCGGUGCCCAUAUGAACGUGGGGAGAACCUACAAGAACCUGAACAUGUCUAAAGAGGCUGAGGAAGCCUACAUGAUCGCCAAAUCCCUGAUGCCACAGGUAAUCCCCGGGAGGAAGUACGCCACCCGGGUGGCCCCCAACCACCUGAACGUCUACAUCAACCUGGCCAACCUGAUCCGGACCAACGAGUCGCGUCUGGAGGAGGCUGACCAGCUCUACCGCCAGGCCAUCAGCAUGAGGCCUGACUUCAAGCAGGCCUACAUAAGCAGAGGGGAGCUCCUGCUGAAGAUGAACAAGCCCUCGGAGGCCCGUGACGCCUACCUACGGGCCCUGGAGCUCGACCGCACCAACCCCGACCUGUGGUACAACCUGGCCAUCGUCAACAUCGAGAUGAAGGAGCCCACCGAGGCCCUCAAGAACUUUGAGCACGCGCUGGAGCUCAACCCGCGCCACAAGCUGGCGCUCUUCAACUCCGCCCUCCUCAUGCAGGAGUCUGGGGAGCCCAAGCUCCGCCCGGAGGCCAACCGGCGCUUCCUGGUGUAUGUGGAGGAGGAGCCCGAGGACGCCAACGGCUACUUCAACCUGGGCAUGCUGGCCAUGGACGCCAGCGAGAACGCCGCGGCCGAACGCUGGAUGCGCCGCGCCAUCUCCCUGCAGACGGGCUUCCGCAGCGCCCUGUUCAACCUGGCGCUGCUCUACUCGCAGUCGGCCCGCGAGCUGGACGCCCUGCCCGUGCUGGACGAGCUGCUCCGCUACCACCCCGAGCACGUCAAAGGGUUGAUCCUCAAGGGGGACAUCCUGAUGAACCACAGGAAGGACACGCAGGGCGCCAAGGCCUGCUUCCAGCGCAUCCUGGCCAUGGACCCGGGCAACGUGCAGGGCAAGCACAACCUGUGCGUGGUGUACUUCGAGGAGCGCGACCUGCCGCGCGCCGAGCGCUGCCUGGAGGAGACGCUGGCCAUGGCGCCGCACGAGGAGUACGUGCGCCGCCACCUGAGCAUCGUGCGCGGCAAGAUGGCGGCCAUGAGCGCGGCGGGCCAGCCGCUGAGCGCGGCAGAGGGCGCCGCCGCGCCGUUCCAGGAGGAGAAGGGGGCCGGGGUUGGGGGUGGGGGGCCGGGGGUGGGGGUGGGGGUGGGGGCGGGGGCGGGGGAGGCCAAGAAUGCGCGGAAAUCCCCCGCGCCCCGGCUCAAGGGCGUGGGCCAAUCGGAACAGCGGACUGAAGGGAAGUCCGCCGAGGAGAUAAAAGACAUAGAGACCAAGAGGGCGGCCGCCCUCCAGAGGCUGGAGGAGAUAGAGCGCAUACUGAGCGGGGACUGAUGUAGUGGGGGGGGGGGGGGAGGGGCCCCGCCCAGGUGACUCCCAGGACUGCGUCGGCAGACGUCUCUCCCUCGACCAGGGUCAGGCUGCCAGGGUCCCUGGGUUCAAUAACGGCGACGCUUGUUGCUCUGUGCUUUAGUUGUUCUUAGUCAACCUUCUUGUUGUUUCGUCGGCUCUGCACGGCACGGCUCGUCGAGGCGGCCACGUCGCACGAACGGCACAAGGCAACAUGAGUCACGGUGCGGGAGCCCGGCACAGAGGCCCUUUGACAUCUGUCACUUUUAAUCCUUUAAAUGAUGCCUGUGUGUGUGUUUGUGUGUGUUGGCAUUCAUUGAAACGGCAGUUUCACCUCUCCUGGGUUUUGAUUUAGCCAGGACGCUGUGAGUCACUGGAUAUUUUUUUUUUUUUUUCGAAAGCAUGACUCACCCCCCACCCCCCCCCCCACCUCAACCUCCCAAACAAAAUUGGAAUGGAUUGUAUCGUUGACAAUGACUGGAAGUGACGCGCUUCCCCUCUUCCCACGCGCCGGGCGAGAUGCUGGUGUGUAACGCCUCUGGAAAUACACCCUGACACUCACACGGGCGAGAGAUCAACAACGCAUGCUCUGUGGGGCCCUCACCCCCUGCUGGCUCCCGUCCUAGCGGCUGGCAUCUGGACCGCUGCCGGGCCUCCACUUCCCCCCCCCCGCCCCGCCCCGUUGUCUCCACGUUCCAGCCCCCACAGUUUGAUGUUUAUGUCUAGUGUCAAACACCUGCCAUCCCGCAUUCACACCCCGGCCCACCCACAGCCCACAUUGAGCUUCGGUUGCAGUGUUGCUUUUGAGUGCCGUUCUACGGGCCCCGCUGCCACGGCCGGCUUCAGGCGUCGUCAGUGUGCUCUUUCAGUUCCCCCCCCCCCCCCCCACCCUCGGAACCACCACCACCACCACCACCAUCACCAACCCUGAGCUGUGAUUUCUCAGCAUACUUGCACAAAGCAGAGUCCUGUCCUUUUUAUGCGCUGACACUAGUUCAACCCUCUAGGUUAUUAUUUUUUUUAUUGUAAAUUGAUUUGGUCAUGUGUGUUGGGGGUAUGCGCAGUGUUAUUAAUGUACUCAUCUUUUUGCACUGCGUGGCAUCGACAGACAGGCAACCACUUGUCGCAUUCUGUAAACUUUGUGAUGAGUUUAUGGUUUGGGGCCUCCGCGGGCCUUUUCCUGAUUGCAGGAAACACUUGGCGGUGAGCGCCAGCGGCGCUACUUUCACGGUCAGUCUUGCCGGUGCGAGCAGCGGGCUUGGAACAACGCCCGUCGACGCUGUGACCACGUAUUAUCUCAAUAAAAACUUUUUUAGAUGAAAUGGACUCCAUCACGGUGUUAUGCAGUGUAUAUUAAAAUCGCCAGGGAUGUUGAUUUAGGAAUAGGUGUCCUUUAUUUUUUUCAGUUCUUCUGUGUGCAGGCCAUGUCGGGUAAGGCCCCUACCAGAUGAAUCACAGAAGUGAUGGUUUACACUCCUGUGAUUCAUCUGGCCUUCUGGGGGUUCUCACGGCCGACUUAAAAAGGGAAGGAUUGUUUUCUUGGGUGUCACUGUAAGCGCUGGCUGAAAAUGUGCACGUUUUUUUGUUUUUUCCCUUGGGUUGUUAGUUUGACUGAUGGGCUUACAAUUGUGCUUUUAAGACAAAAACCCCUUGGGACGAAAUGAGGGAGGUGAUGUACUUUGAGGCAGGUACAGAGGUCGGGUGAAAUAUACCACGGCUUCUAUGUAUUCAAUGUUAUUUAUUUUAGGUUUGAUCUCGUUAUUAUGCACUGGUACAAGAAAAACUGUUUAAAAAAAAAAAAAAAGUAUAUAUAUAACCACUGACAGUAUCGUUUGAAGCCAAGGUACCUUAUUUGGGAAAGUUGACUGACUACAGUUUGCCACAUUUAGUACGACUCUCCAGAAACGACAAUGGGUGCAAAACGCGUUCUUGUAUUAACCUGUGUCUAACUAAAAAAUGUUUAAUGAAUGUUUUAAUUUUGUUUCUUUUUUUACAAUUUCACAAAUCUUUUUUAAUGCAAUACCCGGGUGGGUUGUGGGAAUUUCAAACUUUAAAAUAAAGAAAUGGAAAAUUGCUGUGUCAA